CUCUCUCUCCACAUACGCAGGCACAUAUAUACACAGCACUGCCUAUUUUGUUUUUUUCUUGGUCCUUCUCAAUGAAUUGUGAAAAGGAAAAUAUAUGAAUAUACAUCUUGUUUCACAAUAUAUUUCUUAUUUAUGGAAACCCCCCACUAUAAAUAGAGGAGGAUCUUUGUGGUAGGGUUUGCUCCAACUUUACAUGACACCAUACUAAAACAGAGUAUGUGAAAUACUUCUCCUAUAAAUUCCUGUAUGUAAUUGGAAUCCUAUAGACCAACCCGGCCAAUGUUUUAUGUUUACUGAGUAUAUAUUAGUAAGACACUUGAGAGAGAGAGAGAGAGAGAGAGAGAGAGAGAGAGAGAGAGAGAGAGAGAGAGAGAGAGAAUCAUCGUCGCCAUCAUCAUAAUCCUCAUCAGGUGGGGAAGGGGGAGGGGGAGGAGGAGAGAGAGAGGGAUCUGGUGAUGAAGCCUGCAUGGCUAGAAGGGCUAAUGGGUGAGACAUUCUUUGCUGGGUGUGGGGCCCACGAGAACCGAAGGAAGAACGAGAAGAACAUCUUCUGCCUUGAUUGCUGUCAAUCCUUUUGCCCCCACUGCCUUCCCUCUCAUCGCUCUCACCCCCUACUUCAGGUGAGACGAUAUGUCUACCAUGAUGUUGUUAGAUUGGACGACCUCGAGAAGCUCAUUGACUGUUCCUAUAUUCAGCCCUAUACUAUAAACAGUGCGAAGGUAAUAUUCUUGAAUCAGAGGGCACAGUCUAGGUCUUGCAAGGGCUCUAGCAACUUUUGCUUCAAUUGUGACAGAAUCCUUCAGGACCCCUUCCACUUCUGCUCUCUCUCAUGCAAGGUUGAUCAUAUGGUGUAUCAAGGAGAAGAUUUAUCAAGCAUCCUAUACCGGUUCGACGAAUCAGAUUUCGCUCUCUCUCAAUUCGAGGGACUUCAGAUGGACAGCUCCGAUCUGCUCGACGAUGAUGGCGGCCAAAUUACCCCGAACUCCAUCCUAGUGGACCCACUACAGCUCAAAGGCUCAUCAUACUCAAACAUCACCAUGGGCAGUUCUGGAAUUUUACAUGAUACCGAUAGAAGAAUGAAGAAGAAAGGAAGUACUGGAUUCCUCCCUGGGAUUGUACUAUCCCUCACUAGCAGGAGAAAGGGUGCUCCACAUAGGUCCCCUCUUUCUUGAAUAAAAACUGAGACUAUUUCUACCCCAAAAAGGGGGGAAAAAAUUGGACUAGGGUUCCACAAAUUAACUACUACAUAGUGCUAUUUCUAUUUCCAGUGUUAUUCAGCUAUAAGGUCAGUGAUGCUUUAUAUUUAUCCAUGUAACGCGAAUGUAUGGAUGAAUGUGCUUGUAAGACAGAUUUAUUUAUAUGAUUCUCUAGCUAGUUAUAGCUUGGAAAAAUUCCGUAGCCAACUAAGGUGGCCCUGGAGAGAUUGUAAUGGUAGAAUUAGGCUCUUGGUUUCCACCAAUUUUGUACGGGUGUAAUGGAAUUUGCAGUUAUGUA